CACUCUCUCCUUCAGAGGUUCUCUAUGACUGAUCCUUCGCGUGUACGUCGAUGUGUUUACAUACAUUCUAAUUUAAUUUUCGCAUGAUCGAAAUAUUCUAAUCGUAAAUUUUAAACCAAGCAGUUUAUCAAAAUAUCGUGAUUCCGCGAAAAUAUACAGUCUAUGUUAUCACACUGUACAUUCAACAUAUAUUCUUUGAAAAUAAAAUCUGCAACUAAAAAAAUAAUAUAAAAUUCUUGUACAUUUCUUAUCUUACAAAAUUUACUCAGAUCAGAAGAGAUAAAUAAUUAUUAGAAGAGGAUAGAUUAACAGCAAACAAAAUGUCAGGGCCUAUGGUACUGUGCCAGCUAUGGAUGGGUGGUUUGGACCCAUAUAUGACGGAGAGCUUUAUCAUGAAUGCAUUUCACAAAAUGGGUGAACAGCCGCAGACGGUAAAAGUAAUGCGGAAUCGAUACACUGGAGAACCCGCAGGAUAUUGUUUUGUUCAUUUUCCAACUGACGAGAUGGCUCUCGAUGCCAUGCACAAGUUGAAUGGCAAGGUGAUACCUGGUUCAAAUCCUUCUGUACGAUUCCGAUUAAAUCACGCCAGUACUACAGGGAAACCAACCACUGAACGAGAAUUCAGUAUUUGGGUAGGUGAUCUGUCCACUGAUGUGGACGAUUACUCGUUGUACAGAGCAUUUGCUGCGAAAUAUAACUCUAUUAGAACGGCCAAAGUUAUAUUAGACAGUUCAGGAUUCAGUAAAGGAUAUGGUUUUGUCAGAUUCGCAAAUGAAGAGGAACAAAAGAACAGCCUAAUCACUAUGAAUGGCUACAGGGGACUAGGAACAAAAUCUUUGAAAAUCUGCAAUGCAGUGCCUAGACCUUGGAAUAAAAUAUCUGGUUCGACACCACCGCAAUCAACUUCUGAAUAUCCUGCAUCAAAUAUGAAUUCAGAGGCGUAUAAUUACUAUGAUACAUCAUCAUAUUGGAAUAGUUACAGCGCUUGGCAACAAGGUUAUUAUGAAAGCGAGCCGACGUCAGACGCUUACAACAGCUACGUAUCCGACCAGAAACCCGAAGAAGAUGAGUUAGAAUUGAUCGAGCAUUCAAUCCCCAUUGACAUAGAUAAGGCAAACAGAGAAAUAAUCGAACAAGAUUAUAAUUUAUGGGAUGCUUUGGAAAGUUCAAAAUGGAUUCCUUGUGAUACAAUAGAAUUAUGUUAUUAAUGAUUAAAAAUAAAAAAUAAGAUGCAGUAAUCACAAAGAUAAAUUAUUAUUAUUAAUAUUAUUAUUAUCACACGUAUACAACAAAAAUAAAUUUCAUGAGAUCUCUUAAAUGUGUAAUUACAAAGUAUAUUUUACCAAUUAUGAUAUUGAAAAUAAACCAUUUUUCAUAUAUA